AUGGCAGCAUUUUGGUUUGUUAAUUUCAUUGCUUUUUCACUAGCAGGAUUUUCACUGACUAGCGAACCACGGUACCCGUGCACAAUAUGGGGAGAUCCACACGUAACUCGUUUCCCAUCGAAUGCUAACGAGCAACCACAAGAAUUUUGGUGUCAAGAUUCUGGUCUACAAUCGAUAGUUCGAAACAAAUACGUUACGGCUAGUAUGGUGGUGAGCGGAUAUCCAUACAUUGUUUUGGAUUUCAAUUUCGUCUUUCUGAAUGACGAUGGCAUUCCAAUCUGUACGUUCAAUGCGAAUCAGUUUUCCUCUGCUACAGCAUCUUGUGGUUCUGAUGUGACGAUCAAUACUGGACCGGACUCUAUUUCGAUUACCUAUGACAAAAUUGAUUUCAGCGUAUUUAUCCGGAAAACGUACUGGGGAAGUGCGUACAGUAACAUAUACUAUUCAAUAUUCGUAUAUCAGAGUCUUUGCUUAAUCAAAAUGUCUGAUGGCCUAUGUAAACGUGGAUGUGCUCCAAUCACUGGUCGUCGUCGACGUGCUGUUACACAAAUAAAUUCAAGCGAUAUGAAUACAACGCUAGUGUCAGCGAAAGCUAAGGAAAUUUGUCAAGUGUACAUCGAUAGUUUUGUUCGUGUUGCACCAAAAAAUCUCACUGCUCGUGAAAUUAGUAACAUUCAAAGUGCUUGUAUCACCGAUGUUUCUAAUACUGGUGAUACACAAUUUGCUCGAACGGGUGCAAUGGUACUGGCUAUUCAGUCAGUCUUCGGAAGCAACACAAAUUUUCAAACUUUCACUGAUACAAUUGCAAACAAAUUGACUGGCGUCCUCACCCUUGUCAAUGAGACAAAUCAACAAGCGGAUAAUCAAGUGUCACAAAUAAUCAAGCAGAUAAGCAAUUACAAUGCCUUUCUUCAAACAGCUGUUUAUAUGACAAGUGACUUUUGCAGGUCAUAUCAGGGAGUUUCAUUGAAUGAUUCAUUUUUGGUUGCUUAUGCUCAUUCGAAUUAUGCAGGUGGCUGUGGUCCAACAUAUGGUCGCAGUUUAUUUACAUUUCGCGAAAUUGAUGAAAUCCCAUUGAAUAGGAUAAAUAAUUUUACGGCUAUUUUGAAGCUGUUUGGGGGUUCACUCAAUGAAACUAAUGCUCCAUUUCAGGCCUAUGGAGGAAUACGUAUUACAAAUGAAGCCGUUAUUCGACGCGUCAUAUCUCCAUGGUCACCGGUUAAUGUGACAUGGUUCAAUCAGCCGACGACAACAUCAAGAAAUGAAGUUGUAAUUCCGGCAACUACUUUGGAAGAAUUGUACAACGUGACACUGAAUGUGACAAAAUUGGUAUAUGAUAUGCGUCUUGCUGGACCUCAAUUGACAGUUCGAACUGAGUCUAAAAGAUGCUAUGGAUUAUCUCAAUAUGAUCAAUGUUCAACUAAUAUUGCAUGCGGUUGUUUUAACUCGACAUCUGCUACUGAUAGUGAUCUGUGUGGUUUUCGCUGGUUAACAUGUUCUGAACUUAAUUCGUGUAUGCCCAAUACUUAUAUGUGUUUGGAACCUAACCAUGUUUGCGUUCAUCAUCCUGACUGUCAAGAUCUACCAUUGUGUUAUCCAUUAUCAAUGACAAGUCACGAACUGUGCCCCCCAAUAUCGUCAACAACAACAACAACAACAACAACAACAACAACAACAACUACAUAUUCUCCACCACCAGAAUCGGACAAUAAACUUUGUUUGACAGCGACAUGGGCAACGAAUGGGAUUACUGUUGCCGGUGGAAAGGGUUUCGGGCAUGAACUUGAUCAGUUGGCCGAUCCUUAUGGAAUUUUUCUUGAUGCUAACGAUACUAUUUAUGUGGCAGAUCGUUCUAAUCAUCGUAUCGUGACAUGGAAACAAGGUGAUUUGGUUGGUCAAUUAGCUGCUGGAGUAAAGUGGGAUAUGAACCGCAAAAUGCUAUUAAAUAUGCCACAGGAUCUUGUCGUUGAUCAUAAUGGAACAAUGUACAUAACCGAUGGGGGCAAUAAAAGGCUUUUACGAUGGCCUAGAGGUGCUCAAGACGGGGAAACCAUGGCUGAUGAUAUUCAGGUCGUCGGUAUAGGCCAAGAUGACGAAGGGUCGAUCUAUGUGUCUGAGUAUGCAAAUGGUAAAUUGACAAAAUGGCGUCGUGGCGAGACGAGUGGACAUGUGAUUCCCACAAGAUUGCAUCAUUCCAAUUUUUUGUUUGUUGAUCAAAACCGAUCGAUCUACGUGGUGAGUUAUAUGAAUCAUCGCGUAGUGAAGAUAACUGAAGGAGUUGAAGAAGCCGUUGUUGUUGCAGGUCAAUCUGAUAACUCAGGGAAUGGUGCAAAUCAAUUAGCUUUCCCGACAGGCGUUUUUGUCGAUCAAUUGGAUACUGUCUAUGUAGCUGACACUCAGAAUCAUCGAAUAAUGCGUUGGCCGAAAGGAGCAACAUCGGGUAGUCUCAUUGCUGGUGGCCACGGUAUUGGUUCUGAAUCCAAUCAACUUUAUUAUCCUUCUGAUGCAUCACUAGAUCGAUACGGAAACCUUUACGUGACCGACACUCUCAAUAAUCGCGUGCAAAAAUUUGUCGUCGAUAAAAGCUCUUGUCGCGCAAAUAAGAAAAAAUAG